AGUAGCAAAUAAACCACCGUAUCAUUGACACCUUGUUUCUGUGAUCAGUCCCUGUAAAAGUAGUGAACCUUAAUACCAAAACAUAUGGUCGAUAAUCGAGCCGGAUCUAACGAUGUGUCUCUUGUGACGUUAUAACUAUCAAGUACUAAACAAAAGGACGGACCGGGCGGUCGAGGCAAGAACAAAAGAACCUUUUUUUACCUGAGUGGGACUUGUGCAAGUUAUAAGACAUUUUACGAACGUUUGAAUAAUUACAUAUUUGAGUUAUCGAAGUGAAACUAGUUUGUUUAUAUUACAUUUGUGGAACGUUUUAUACAUUUGUGGAACAUUUAUAUAAAUAUGGCCACUACUCCGGAACAAAUAUUAUCUUUAUUAGAAAAUACUGCGGCAUUAUUACAAAAGGCUCAGAACAACCUAAAGAAAUGUCCUAAGCAGCGACUUACAAAAGGAUACAUUGAAACUCGACUGCAAAUGAUAGAAGAGUAUUGGAAUUCUUUUAAAAAAUCACAUCAAGAGCUUGUAAAAUGUGUUCCCAAAGAAAAGAAGCAAAAUAUACCUUAUUUCGCAAACGAAGACUAUUUUAUUUAUGAGGAUCUAUAUUUAUGUUUACAAGCCGACCUAAGAGAUUUAUUGUCAACAUUAACACAGCCGAUAUCAUUGCAUCCUAGUAUACCUACCAACCCUAUUACAUCCAAUGAAGGAAUAGUCAAAUUACCACGGAUACAACUGCCUUCUUUUACCGGUAUUUACGAAGAAUGGCCUGCAUUUCAAGAUCUAUUUAUGUCGUUAGUGCACAACAACUCAUCUCUUAGUAAAGUACAAAAACUUCACUAUUUAAAGAGUAGCCUUAGUGGUGAAGCCGAAACUCUGUUGAAGCAUAUUCAAGUAACAGAAAAUAAUUAUGAUCAGUCAUGGGUGAUGCUUAAAACUCGUUACGGAAAUAAACGUAUAAUAGUAAAUUCUCUAUUGAAAAGAUUAUUUAUGCAGAGGAAAAUCCCUGCCCAAACUGCAAACUAUAUAAAAGCACUUCUCGAUACCACUACAGAAUGCAUUAAUAGCUUAAAAAAUCUUACAAUUUCAACCGACUCUUGGGAUCCAUUAAUUAUAUUUCUCGUUGUGCAGAAGUUGGACCCGGAGACGCACAGAGAAUGGGAGAAGUUUGCUUACCGGGAAAAUUCUGACGAAUUACCUUUGUGGGCGGAUCUCUGUAAGUUUUUACAAUCGAAAUUUCGUACAUUAGAGUUAAUCACACCUUCACCAAGGGACAAGAUAAUAAGAAAUAAAGAAAAUACGCUACAUGUUGCUACUGCGGCUACGUCUAAAUUAAGGAGUUGCCUAAUGUGUAAAGAAAAUCAUACACUGUGUCACUGUAGGGAAUUUACUAAGAUGGAACCAACAGAAAGGUGUCAAUAUCUAAAGAACCACAAUCUGUGUUUUAAUUGUUUGGCCCCAGGAUACUCUGCAAAGAAAUGUCGUCUCAACAUGUCCUGUCGUAUAUGUCAUAAACGUCACCACUCUUUAGUACACCAAAACAUGGUGAAGUCAUCAAAUCAACCAGACAAUGACCAAGCGCACGAAGCGAAGAAUAAUGAUCAAGGAAGCUCUGCAAAUCCAACAAUAUCAAAUGUUCAGUUAUCAUCACACUUUGCUACUAGUACCACCACAGCAUUAUUGGCUACAGCACUCAUAGUUGUCAGGGAUCAACUGGGACAUACAGCUGUACUACGUGCCUUAAUAGACCAUGGCUCACAAGCCACAUUUAUAAGUGAAAGAGCUGCUCAGACACUUAAACUGAAACGCACUGCUAUUAAAGGUACAGUUACAGGCAUGGGAUGCAGCAAAACAAUUUUGAAGCAAGCUGCUGAAAUACAACUUUUAUCAAGAUACGAAGCAAACUUUAACCUCAAUAUCAAAGUUUACAUAAUGCCAACUCGUCUUACAUGUCAGUUACCAACUCAAACCAUUUGCCUGAAGAACUGUUCACACCUCCAAGGCCUCGUAUUAGCAGAUCCAGGCUUCAAUCAACCAGGACGGAUAGAUAUGUUAUUAGGUGUGGACGUAUGUGCCCAAAUUAUGAAAGGUGAAGUAAUCAAAGGUCCUCCAGGCACUCCAUGUGCUCAAAAUACCAGCCUGGGAUGGAUUCUGUUUGGCCACAUACAAAGCAACAGAGAAAAUUAUGAGGUCAGUGUCAUGCAUCUUAAUUUGAAUUUAGAUGACAUGCUGAGGAAUAUGUGGGAGCAAGGUACAGAUGAAAAAAGAGCAUUAACAGCAGAAGAAAAAACAUGUGAAGAAAUAUAUCAGGCUACAACGCACAGAACAUCAGAAGGACGUUAUAUUGUAAAACUUCCAACAAAACAAAAAACACUUUUAUCACCAUCAGGAAGAACAAGAGAUAUAGCACUAAGAAAUUUGUAUCAAUUAGAAAAGAAAUUCGAAAAAGAUCAAAGCUUAGAAAGUGAAUACACAAGGGUGAUGCAAGAAUAUACAGAGUUAAAUCAUUUAGAGAGAGUACCAGAAAAUGAAAUUAACAACCCAGCAGUCUACCUUCCUCAUCAUGCCGUUGUAAGGCAAGAUAAAGAAACAAGUAAAGUGAGAACAGUUUUUAAUGCUUCGCAAAAGGGAAACAAUAACAUUUCCCUCAAUGAAGAGCUACUGGUAGGACCACAGUUACAAGACGACAUGAGAAGCUUAAUCAUGAGAUGGCGAAUGAAAAGGAUCUGUUUUGUUGCUGACAUCCAAAAAAUGUACCGUCAAAUUUUAGUCUCAAAAGAAGAUAGAGAUUUACAAAGGAUAUUAUGGAGAAAUUGCAAAAUCCAACCAGUACAAGAUUAUCGUCUCCUGAGAGUUACGUUUGGAACUGCUUCUGCUCCAUAUUUAGCAGUAAGAACCUUGCAUCAAGUUGCGGAAGACGAAGGUCGAGAUUACUCUGAUGCUGCCAGAAUUAUAAAGGAAGACUUUUACAUGGAUGAUCUGAUGUCAGGCAAGGACACACUUCAAGAUGCAAUCAAAGUAGCGAAAGAGAUUGGGUUUAUUUUGCAGAAGGGAGGUUUCACUCUUCAGAAGUGGUGCUCAAACAACGCAGAGUUCUUAAAACAAUUUGAACCCUCUGAAAGAAGUUCUCAAGUACACCUAGAUAUAAAGAUAGAUGGAACAAUACGGGCACUAGGCUUACAAUGGGACAUGGGAAAAGAUGUAUUUAAAUAUAGUCUUCACUUACCUUCUAUGGCUGCUACUGUAACUAAGAGAACAAUCCUAGCCGACAUUCAAAGAUUAUUUGAUCCACUUGGCUGGUUAGCACCUUCUAUAUUGCCUGCAAAAUUACUCAUACAACAUUUAUGGAUACAAGGAAUUUCAUGGGAUGAAGAAGUUAACCACUUAAUUGCAGAAAAAUGGAGAAAACUGCGAGAAAGCUACCAAUACUUACCUGAGGUAGAGAUCAACCGGUGGCUGCAUACAUCUGAAAAUGUAAUGAAUAAUGUUACAGUUCAUGGUUUUUGUGACGCAUCUACUCAAGCAUACGCUGCAGUUGCUUACUUAAGAGUUCAAACUAUAGAUGGAUUGGUUAAGACAGAAAUAAUCGCAGCGAAAACACGUUUAGCUCCUAUCAAACCUCAAUCCUUACCUCGUUUGGAGCUUAACGGGGCUGUACUCCUGGCGGGACUCCUGAAAAAAAUAAAGGAAGCUAUGAAAAUACCUACCUGUCAAAUAUUCGCGUGGACGGAUUCCACCAUAGUACUCUCUUGGCUUUUUGGAGAUCCUGCAAGGUGGAAUACAUUUGUGAGAAACAGAGUUGUUGAGAUAUUAGACAACAUUGGCAACCAGAAUUGGUAUCACGUCCAAUCACAAGACAACCCUGCUGAUGCAGCUUCUAGAGGGAAGCACGUGCUAGAUCUGAAAGGUGAUAAAAUGUGGUGGAACGGUCCUGAAUGGCUAAGCACAAGUAAUAUUAAAUACAGCAGACCAGCAAACAUAACAACGAACCUAGAAAGAAAGAUCAUAUCAGUACAAGUGAAUCUAAAACAAACAAACGAAAGUUCUAGUAUAGCUACUAAGUUUAACAGAUUUGAUAAUUUAACAGAACUAUUAAAGGUUAUAACAUAUUGCAAAAGAUUCUUCAAAGGAAGGGAAUUGGAAAAUAAGGCAACUACAAUAACUACAAAAGAAUUAGAAGAAGCUUUAAAAACAUGUAUAAAAAUUGUACAAAGGGACACAUUUGAAGAAGACAUACAAAACCUAAAAUCAAUAAAAAGGGUAAAAAAUUAUAGUAAAAUAAAGUCUCUUUUACCUUACCUGGAUGAUGAAGGUAUCCUCAGGGUGGGCGGCCGAUUACGUCACUCUGACCUUGAUGAAAAUUGCAAACAUCCUAUUAUAUUAGACAGCGAAAAUCACUUGAGUGCACUUAUAGUAUCUGAUGCUCACUUGAAGACACUACAUGGUGGAACGCAAUUGAUGCUUGGAUAUUUAAGAUUAAAAUACUGGAUCCUGAAAUCAAAGAAAUUGGUAAAAUUUAAAAUUCGCAAUUGCCUCAUAUGUGCCAAGCAAAACGCUGUAGCUAAAUCACAAUUAAUGGGAGACUUACCUCGUGUAAGAAUUACGCCUGCUCGACCCUUUCUACACAGUGGAGUAGACUUUGCUGGCCCUUACCAAAUCCUGAGAUCUAAAGGUAGAGGAUUUAAUACAAUUAAGGCUUACAUAGCAAUCUUUGUUUGCAUGUCAACGAAAGCCAUACACCUAGAAUUGGUUGGAGACCUUACCUCGGAGGCCUUUAUUGGAGCUUUCAGAAGAUUUGUAGCAAGAAGGGGAAGAUGUGCACAUCUCUGGAGCGACCAGGGAAGAAACUUCGUAGGUGCCAACAAAGAACUUGUAGCAGCUUGGGCAGACGCAAAGAUGAAGUUCGAGGGUCAUAUUUCUGAAAUGUUAGCAUUAGAUGGCACACAAUGGCAUUUCAUACCUGCCUAUAGUCCUCACAUGGGCGGAUUAUGGGAAGCAGGUGUCAAAUCAAUGAAAUACCACAUGAAAAGAAUAUUGACUUGCAACCUAACCUAUGAAGAAAUGACGACCUUACUGUGUCAAAUAGAAGCUUGCCUUAACUCACGCCCGCUUAGCCCUAUUGAUGACUCAGAUACGGACAACAUACUGCCACUUACCCCAGGGCACUUCUUAAUAGGCGAAGCUCCAAUCAAUGUACCCCACUCUGAUCUAAAGAACAUUCCUGUCAGCCACUUGUCACGAUGGCAACAUCAACAGAAGCUUCUAUCAGAUUUUUGGCGAAGAUGGCAACAAGAGUACUUGACCAGGUUACAGCAGAGACCUAAGUGGCAAGAAAAGGUGAAGGAAUUUGAAAUAGGACGCAUUGUUCUUAUAAAAUGUGACAAUCUCCCUCCUGGCAAAUGGAUGCUGGGUCGUGUGGUGGAUAAGCACCCAGGUCAUGAUGGAGUGACUAGGGUGUAUAGUGUUAAAAGUGGUGAAAGUGUAGUGCAAAGACCAAUGAACAAAUUGUGUCCUUUACCUAUAGAUAUAGACUGAUGUUUUAUUCUAAAUCAUUUAUGGUUAAAUUUUAUUUUGCAUGUAUUAAAUGUUCUAGUAUGUAUUCCCAUUUACAUGAAAAUUGUGUCAAAUAGUUUUUUUUUUAUUUUGAUUGUAAUAUGUCCAUUACUAUAAAGCUUAAUGAAUUUAGGGUGUUACCUUUAUCAAACAUGUAUGUAAUCACAUAUAUUGUAUAACAAAUGUCAUGUAAAAUUAUUAUAUUUGGAGAAUGUCUGAAAUGUAACAAGUUAGAUAAUAAAGGACUUUAUGAGUCCUUUGGUGGGCGGCAUGUUCGAGCAAUAUUGUAAUGCGUGUGUGUUGUAUGUAAGAUGAACAGUAUACAAGUGUGAGUGAGGUCUUUAAUAAGGUAAAAUGUAAUUUAAAUGUUUAGUAGCAAAUAAACCACCGUAUCAUUG